AUGGCCAACGAAGUGCCGAUAACCAUGAAAGCCCAUGUCCUCGAGCAGUACAAUAUGCCUUAUCAACUCCGGAAUCUCCCAAUACCAGUUAUUGAGGAUGCGAAUGACAUCCUUAUCAGAGUAGACGCGGCUUCCUAUUGCCAUACGGAUGCAGUCCUCGCCUCGGGAAAGAUGCGCCCGCCACCACUUCCGCAUAUAGGCUGCCAUGAGUUUGCUGGAACUGUCGUCGGUGUCGGCGACGACCCAUCAGCACACGCCUUGAGGAUUGGCGACCGCGUGGCUGUUCCCGGUCGUGGAAAUCAUGUUUGUGGGAGAUGCCUUGAGUGCCAAAAUCCUUCAGGCCCUCUUCCUGACCAGCCUGGGUAUUCUGUCUAUUGCCCCAAUGCUGGGGGUGGGCUUGGUGUGGGUAGCAAACCAGGGGGAUUCCGAGAGUACGCCGUCGUCGACUCGAGACAAGUAGCUAUCAUUCCGGACAGUAUGACAGCGGUGGAAGCUGCGCCACUAAUGUGCGCGGGUCUCACAAUCUUUGCAGCCCUCAGGAAAUGCGAGCUCAAGCCUGACCAGCGAGUAGGUAUUAUUGGAUGCGGAGGUGGGCUUGGGCACUUGGGUCUGCAGUUUGCCACCAAAAUGGGGUUGAAGACGACCGGUGUUGACAUAGCAUCACCCGCACUCGAACUUGCAAGGAAUUUGGGGACAGGAGCUACGAUUGUCGACGCUUCAGCCAAAAGCGCAGCGGAGGCUAAGCAGGAGAUGGGUGAAGAGGACGGUAGACAGCAUCCGUCCGAGAUGGGUUUAGAUGCGGUGAUAAUUCUGCCAGAGAGUCAGAAGUCAUUUGACUACGGGAUGCAGUUAUUGAGGAAUGGCGGUCUCUUGGUCCUGGUAUCCUUCCCGCCAGAGGGUUUCCAUGUCUCAGCAGAUGACCUGGUCUUUCGUCGCAUUCGCGUGGUUGGUAGCUUGAUCGGCUCCAACAAGGCCAUGGGAGACAUGUUUGACUUCUGUGUCAAGAACGGUGUCAAGGCAAAAAUCAAAACUUAUCCCUUUCCGAAGCUCAAUCAGUUGGUGGAGGAUUAUCAUUCUGGAAUCGGCGGCAAGCUAGUUCUGGACAUGGCGAUGGACGAGUGA